CUUUGAUUUCUGCUAGUACAGCUGCCACUUUUAAUUCUAUUUCUCUACUUAAUAUCAUCAUUAUAAUACUCCUACCGCUUAUAACAACAUACGCACGUAUAAGCAAUGAAUCAUACUCAUGAUGAGAAAACUGAGGCUGGUGUAAAACAGAGUGACGCCCAAUAUGACCAAUACGUUGUGAGCUAUGUGGCAAAUAGUACCUCUCAGGACAACAUCGUUGGACGAGACUUCUCAUCCCAUGGCGAAGAAAUACGGCAGUUGACAUGGAAACGUGAUUUUCGAAUCAUGCCUCUUGUUUGUCUCUUCUACUUGUUUUCGUUUUUGGAUCGAGUCAAUAUUGGAAAUGCAAAGUUAGCUGGACUGACCGAAGAUACGCACAUGACUGAAAGCGAGUUCAACAGUGCAUUGUCUAUAUUUUUUGCAGGAUACAUUGUUUUUGAAGUACCCGCUAAUAUGAUGCUUAGCAAAGUUGGCCCCAGAAUUUGGAUGGCGAUUUUGAUGGCGGUGUGGGGUACUAUUAUGCUAUCAAUGGCAGCCGCAGGUUUAGUGCCAGCUAUCAUUUUCUACAUAUCCAUUUGGUACACAAAACGAGAGCAAGCUCGACGAAUCGCUAUCUUCUAUGCUUGCUCAACCGCUGCUGGGGCUUUUGGUGGAGUUUGGGCAUAUGCGAUUAUGUAUAUGGAUGGCUUACAGGGUCUCUCAGGAUGGCAGUGGAUCUUUAUUAUUGAGGCUAUUCCUACGCUAGUCAUGUCGAUCAUUUGCUUUAUCUAUUUACCUGACUUUCCAGAAAAUACUUCGUUUCUAAACGCGCAAGAACGCAAGAUUUUUUUGGAUAUGAUAUCUGUCGACUCCGGCUCAGAGAACAGUGAAAAGUUUUCUUGGACGCAGUUCUUUGCAGUGUUUCGUGAUUGGCAAACAUACGUGUAUUCACUGCUAGCGUUCUGUAUCAUCGUAGGACUAUACAGUGUCAGUAUGUUUUUACCCACAAUCAUUCAUGGAUUGGGCUUCACAGCUUUGAACGCCCAGGCAUUCAGCAGCAUUCCAUAUGUCGUAGCUUGCGUUUUCGCCACAAUCAAUGGUAUCAGUGCUGAUAAGCGGGGAGAACGCGGCAUCCACAUCAUUGUACCUUUGCUGGUUACAGCUCUCGGUUGUACUUUGCUGAUAACUUUAAGAAGCGUGCCAGGCCUAUUUAUUGCAACGAUCCUCACCGCAACAGGUGUAUAUACGUCUUAUGCGAUUGUUCCACCUUGGUUCACGAACAAUAUAACUGGUCGAAUGAAGCGGUCCGUCGCUAUUGCAGCCAUCAAUGGCUUUGGAAACAUAGGUGGAGUAGUUUCUGGGCAACUGUAUCGUGCAAGCGACGCUCCUCAUUAUAUCCAUGGUCAUGCAGCGUUUUUAGGAUUUAUAGUAGCUGGUGUUGUAGUCGCUGCAUGUCUUAAGGCAGUGUUUAUAUACAUUAAUAAGAAACGUGACAACAUGUCGAUCGAAGAGCGUCAAGCGGUUAUUGACAAAAAUGAUGAGCUAUUUGAUAAGGUAAAAGCAUAA